AUGCCUUUGUCAGAAAGAUCUGUGGUGUACUUGGGUCGGGAAGGAUGGGGUCGGCGAGAGACUACUGUAAAUCAUAGGGCUCUACGUGUAACUAAAACUACAAGAAUACUAGGAGUAUUCCCGACCCCAUCCAUCAGCCAUCAAGUAGUAUUUCACCCUUUAAUGGAAGAAUUAGCCAGUCGUGGACACGAAGUGGUUGUUAUCACUGCAGAUCCAGCUUUUCCAAAAGGGAAAACUCCUCCAAAUCUGAACGAAAUUGAUGUGCAUGAUAUAGAAUACGAGACAAUUUCUGAAUUCUCACGAAAUUUUACUAAAUAUGAGGACGAUUUAAAUGUACAAAAUAAAUUUAUAUUUCAAUUUUUAACUAAAGUGUUCGAGGUGUUAGUACAGUCAGAACAGGUUCAAAAUCUAAUUCAAGAUAAAAAUAAAAGAUUCGAUUUAAUUUUUACUGAGGCAUGUAUAAGGGCAACAAUAAGUUUCUCUUAUUUAUACCAAGUGCCUGUGAUAGAGUUUAGUUCUUUCAGCGGUUAUUACGGAACUUUAGAGAGUAUUGGGGCUGCUACCCAUCCUGUUUUAUAUCCAAAUGUAAUGCGCCGUAAAUUAUCAAAUAUGACAAUCUGGGAAAAAAUAAAUGAAAUAUAUUAUCAUUAUAGUGUACUAAGUAUAUAUAAUGACCACGUAAAAUACGAAAAUGAGGUGCUGAAAAGAUUGUUUGGGUCUGAAAUACCGGAUAUUAAUGAAUUAAGGAAAAAUAUCCAAAUGGUAUUUUUGAAUGUCCAUCCGAUUUGGGACUUUAACAGACCUGUUCCAGCAAAUGUUAUAUAUCUAGGGCAAAUGCAUUUACAAAAGGAACGAGUAAAAAAGAUACCAGAAGAUUUAGAACUGUUCAUAAAUUCAUCAGUAAAUGGCUUUAUAUACAUGAGUUUUGGUUCAAACGUAAAAUUAUCCACGUUACCUCAAGAAAAAAUUCAAAUUUUCUCGAAAAUAUUUUCCGAAAUUCCCUAUGAAGUUUUAUGGAAACAAGAUGGUGAAAUACCUGUCAAUCUCCCUCAGAAUAUUAAAGUUUCUGACUGGUUUCCUCAGUCAACGCUAUUAAGACACCCGAAAAUUAGAUUAUUUAUUACCCAAGGAGGUCUGCAGUCGACAGACGAGGCUAUAUUUGCAGGAGUUCCACUAAUUGUUGUACCGUGUCUUGCUGAUCAAUGGUAUAACGCUGAUCAAUAUGUUAAGCACGGUAUUGGGAGAAUGCUGGAACUGAAUAACCUUAACGAAAAACUAUUGAAAGAAUCCAUAGAAGACGUUAUACAUAACCAAAGAAUACUAGCAGUGUUUCCACUUCCUGCGUAUAGCCAUCAAGUCACAUUCCGACCGUAUACACAAGAACUAGUGAAACGAGGUCACGAAGUUACUGUUAUAACUUCACAUCCAGCAUUUCCUAAGGGAAAAACGCCAGAAAAUUUUACAGAAAUAGAUGUACAUGACGCAGGAGAAGAAAUUAGAAAAGAAUUUUUCUCUGAGGUGCUUAAAGUUAAUAGUUUGAUAGAGCAACACACGAUGACGAUGAAUGUUUUUAGCCGCUCUUUGGAAAAAUAUCUAAGUUUAGGGCUACUGGACGAAUUUUUGAAUAACAAGAAACAUCAAUUUGAUUUGGUAGUAGUGGAGGCUAGUGUAAAGCAAGCUUUGGUAUUUUCGCACGUAUUUCAAGCACCAGCUAUUCAAUUGAGUUCAUUUGGUGGAUACCUCGGAACAUUAGAAGCUGUGGGAGCUGCAACUCAUCCUUUAUUGUACCCAUCAAUAGAAAGACAAAGAUUUCAAAAUCUAACAAUGUGGAAUAAAUUAUUGGAAUACUUUAAUCAUUAUUACCUCAUGUGGACAUAUUAUAAUGUCGAAAAUUAUGACAAUAUGGUUCUUAAAAAAUAUUUUGGCCCUGACGUUCCAGAAUUAUCUCAAUUGAUGAAGAACAUUGCCCUGGUUUUAUUAAACAUCCACUCUGUUUGGGAUGCCAAUCGUCCUGUACCACCUAACGUUAUAUAUUUAGGUGAAUUGAAUAAAAAUAAACCGAAAAGUUUAGAACAGGAAAUUCAAUCUUAUUUAGAUUCAUCUAAACACGGAGUUAUAUAUGUUAGUUUCGGAACAAAUAUUAACAAAGGCAUACUGACACCUGAAAAACUACAGAUUAUGAUUAAAGUAUUAUCUGAACUGCCUUAUGAUGUAUUAAUGAAGAAUGAUAACGUGGGAGCUAUAGACCCUUCAAUCAAGAACAUUAGACUGUUUGAUUGGGUUCCUCAGACGGGUGUUCUAAGUCAUCCAAAAGUAAAACUCUUUAUUACACAAGGAGGUCUGCAAUCAUCACAUGAAGCUAUAGAAGCCGCUGUACCAUUGAUUGGUAUUCCAUUGAUGUGGGAUCAAUGGUUGAAUGUCGAUAAAUACGUCAAAUUUAAAAUAGGACUUCAAUUAGAUAUAUACUCCUUAAACGAAGAUAUGUUUAGAACAACUCUAGAAACAGUUCUAGGUGAUGAAAGUUUUAAAACAAACAUAGAAAAACUUCGCACUAUAAUGAAUGAUCAGCCUCAAACGCCAGUAGAGAAAGCUGUAUGGUGGACAGAAUACGUUUUAAAAUACGGCGGCGAACAUCUGAGAACAGAAGCAGCGGACUUGGAGUUGUCGGAAUAUUAUGAAAUUGAAUUAAUAUCUUCUAUUAUAACAGCCGUCAUUGUUAUACUAAUAUCCGUAUUCUUAUUGAUGAAAAAGGAAUUAGCGAAACGUGGACACAAAGUUACCGUCAUAACGCCAUACCCAGCUUUUUCUGAGAAAGAAUUACCUGAUAAUCUUACAGAAAUUGAUAUAAAUGGGCCAGCCGAAGAAGAGAGAACUAAAAUGUUCUUGAAAUUAGAAAAAGCUAAUAGCUUAUUAGAACAACAGACAAUAGGUAUUAAAGCUGUAUACCAUUUGAUGAAAAAAUAUUUUGAUUCUGGUUUACUAAAUGAGUAUUUAAACGAUAAGGUGCAUAAAUUCGAUUUAGUGGUAGUGGAAGCUACAGCGGCACAAGCAUUAAUAUUUUCAUAUAUAUUUAAAGCGCCUGCUAUACAAAUUAGUUCAUUCGGUGGAAACUAUGGUACAUUUGAGGCAAUAGGAGCUUCAACUCAUCCUUUAAUAUACCCUUCACCUGCAAGACAAAGAUUUCAAGGUCUUACAAUGUGGAAUAGAUUGUUGGAAUAUUUUUCUCAUUAUUACCUUAUGUGGACUUAUUAUGAUUCUGUAAAGUCCGAUGAUAUAUUGCUUAAGGAAUAUUUUGGUCCUGAUACCCCAGGAAUGGCCAAACUAAAACAUAAUAUUGCUCUAAUAUUAUUAAACAUACAUCAUAUUUGGGACGCUAAUCGGCCUGUUCCGCCUAAUGUGGUGUACAUCGGCGAGUUAAAACAAAAUGAAAGAAAAGAAUUACCAAAGGAAUUGAAAGAGUAUCUAGAUUCAUCGAAAAAUGGAGUUAUAUAUGUGAGUUUCGGGACAAAUGUUAAUAAAGGUGUACUCACACCCGAAAAAAUAGAAAUUAUGAUGAAAGUAUUUUAUGAUCUACCAUAUGACAUUUUAAUGAAGAGUGACAGUGUAACUGAUAUGUAUUCAUCAAAAAAUAUCAAAAUGUUUAAUUGGAUUCCUCAAACUGAUGUGCUACAUCACCCUAAACUAAAAUUAUUCAUCACUCAAGGCGGUUUGCAGUCAUCGCAUGAAGCUAUCGAUGCUGGAGUGCCACUGAUCGGUAUUCCAAUGAUGUGGGAUCAGUGGCUUAAUGUAGAUAGAUAUGUUAAAUUUAAAAUAGGACUCCAAUUAGAUAUAAAUACACUCGACGAAAAAACGAUGCGAAAAGCUAUAGACACUGUUGUAAACGACGAAAGCUAUAAAAAUAAUAUAGUGAAACUCCGUAAUUUCUUAUAUGAUCAACCUCAAAAACCGUUGGAAAAGGCUAUUUGGUGGACAGAAUAUGUUUUAAAAUAUGGAGGAGAACAUUUGCGUACCCCAGCGGCCACAGUAGAAUGGUCAGAAUAUUACGAAAUUGAGAUAAUAAUGUCUAUUGCAUUAGCGAUCUUGUGUGUUGUGUUUGCUGGUGUUUUUUCAGUAAAGAGCUUAGUUCAUAAGUUGAGAUGA